AUGAAGAUUUCGGGUUACCAGAGAAUAUUUUCUGGUCAAACGAAGGUGUUUAUCUUUAAUAUGUUUUCGAUUGGGAAGAUUGUUCAAAUGAUCAUUUAUGUUCAAUUCUUGAAUUUAAUAAAAUCUCUGUUUAGAAUUUGCAUGCUAAAGGUUACUUUUAUAUUGAUAAAAGCAGUAUUUUAAAGGGAGAACUUAAAAAAAGUGUUCAAUUAGAAGAAAAUUCAUAAUUUUUUAAUUCUGAAAUUAUUUUGCCUUUAUUCCUAAUUGAUUAAAAAAUCGACUCUUUCUUCUCUCAAUUUAAAUAAGGAGCUUUAAGUAUUGCAACUAAUUUAUCUAUUAAAAUAAAUUAAUAGAAAAAAUUAUUUUUUUAUGCAGUUUUAAGUUAAAAAGAAGAUAAAACUCUUUUUAUAGGAAAAAGUUUAAAUGAUUGGCAUGAAAACGCAUUUGAUUUAGAAAACUUAUAAUUAAAUUAAAUAAGAAUAAAAUCAGAAAUAAAUCCUAAAUCUUAUCAAAUAAAUACCUAUUCAUUUUAUGCACUAUCUUUGUUUGGAGAAAAUUGCUUUGAAACUUAAUAGUAAUAAAUUUAAUUUAUAGAAAAUCAAAUUAAAAUAAAUUGUUUUUGGGGUAAUUUAGAAGUAUAAUUAGAUCUUUAAGAAUUUAAGAAUUAAGUACUGAGUGUUAGUGUUCCUAAAAUAACAUUAUAGAAUAUCCUAAAAAUACUUUUAAAUAAAGAAAAAGUAAAGACAAUAAUAAAUUUAGAAUUUUUAGGCCAGACAAUGCUAUC